AUGAACGGUUUGAUAUUGUUUGCGCUGAGCAUUGUCCUCGUCUCGGGACUAUCAGAGAAGGAGAUUAGCAUGCUGACGAUGCGUGCGAUUCGUGCAAAUUUGAAUCGUCGGGUGCAGCCUUGUACAAGCUUUUGGGGCUACGCCUGUGGCAAUUGGUCAUCCAGCUAUGUGGAUAACUUUCAGCUGGUCGAGGAGCGUUAUGUGCGUGCAAUGAUUCCAGUGCUAAACGGCAAUUAUAGUAAGGAGCGAUUAAAGGCGCCACGAUUGAUGCAAAAGAUGUCAGAAUAUUUCCAAGCUUGCACACGCGAUCAGCCCAAAGUUGUGGAACUGCCUCAGGAGCUGCGUUCCGCAAACUCUGAGUGGACAACAGCUGUGGCCAAGCUGCGUAAAUACGGAUUGAAUGGUGUGUUCUUUGAGGAGACCGUGGAUGUGGCCUACAAUGAUUCCUUGCGCUCGGUGGUGCAAAUCAAGAUGCCCGAUAGUAGCUUCGAUUUAAAGCCAACGGCACAAUUCGAUAGAGAGUUGUUCGCACUGCGCUCAAGGUAUCGCAAGGAGGAGUCCAAAGUAGAGUCCUGGACACUGUUGGAACUGAAGCAACAGAUACCACAAAUCAAUUGGCAAAACUACUUCAACGAGUUGCUCGAAACAGAGUUGAAUGAAACCGCUUUGCGUCUGGAAGUGAGCGAUGUGGAUUACUUGCGUGCCAUGGGCGAGUUGCUGCAGCGUAGCAAUAAAACUCAGCUGGAGGAGUAUCUGUGUACCCGUCUCGUCACCUUAGAGCGAGCAGCUCGACCCAGGACAUCAACUGCAGCUGCCUGUAUAAAUCAUAUGCGCGCUUUGUUGCCACUGGGCAUGAACUACAUCUACGAUCAACUUGUCUACAGCAGCAGGUCACAGGAUACGCCACAGUUGGACGAGAUAUUUGCCAGCUUACGGACUAUGUUUGGCAAGUAUUUGGACGCGAAUCGCUUGCAAUUAAGUGCAGAGCAGUUGGAAUAUGUGCGUGCCAAACUGAUGGGCAUUAAACUCAAGAUUGGCAAUCUUCCCGACCCCUUAAUAUCAGCAGAGUUCUUUGACACUCACUAUGAGAGUGUCAACUUCUCGAGCUCGGAUUUCCAUCACAAUCUGUGGCAAGCAUUGCGUCUGCGCACCCGAUUGCAGCAUGCCCCAUUGUUGCAACCAGAUGCAGCAUUGGAUGUGCGUAGUUACUAUGUGAAUGACGAUGUGUUUGAGGCACGCAAUGCACCGUACUUUGAGCCAGAGCGCAAUACGCUGACAGUGCCAAUGAUUUUCAUGCAGUUUCCUCUCUACGAUUAUCGCCAGCACUCGAUCUUUCGGAGCAGCUUGAUGGGUUUUAUACUGGGCCACGAAAUGAGUCAUGCCUUUGAGCACGAAGGCAUACUUUACGAUGCUGCUGGGAACGAGUCGCCAAUCGGAUUACGUAUACGCCAGCUGGCCACUUUUCAGGCGGCUCUGAAGUGUGCGCAGCAAACGAGAACCGUAUCACUGAAGGAGCGCUUGGCUGAUUUCAAUGGUCUGCAGCUGGCGUAUGAUACAUUUUUUGGUCUGGAUCAUAACUCGCAACAGUUGGUCUAUCGGCCAUAUGGCUUCGAUAGGGAGUUUGUGGCGCCCCAGCUGUUUCACAUGAACUUUGCCCAGUUCUUUUGUGGCCGACUGCCGCCGGCCAUUGGCCAUGACAUGGACGAUGUGCGAGUCAAUGAAGCCGAGAGGAAUUUGCAUCAAUUUGCCAUCGAUUUCAAGUGCCGACAGCAGUCGGCGCCGCAGUCGAUGGGCUGUGAAAUGUGGCGACCCAUCAGGCAAUAA